AUGUUACUCUCCAAAGAUGAUGCUCUGCACUAUACCUACGAUUCCGAACAUGUUCAGAUCGAAGCCUGGGGUCCCAAUGCCCUUCGGGUUCGGGCCACCAAGUUUCAUACUCUGCCGUCGGAAAAUUGGGCCUUGACUGUUACACCCCCGAAGACCAAUGUUUCGAUUUCUAUGCAGGACGGCCAUGCAUCAAUUAACAAUGGCAACAUUUGCGCCACGGUUUCUUCACGGGGCAAAAUCGUCAUCAAGAACACCAAAGGCGAGCUACUACUUGAAGAAUAUCAGCGCAACCGUUCCGAUGUCGAGGAUCCAAAAUGCAGCGCCUUGAUGAUUGAGGCACGGGAGUUCAAGCCUUUGCUGGGCGGUGACUACCAUCUGACCUACCGUUUGGAAUCCGUCGACCGGAAUGAGAAGAUCUAUGGCAUGGGCCAGUAUCAGCAACCGUUUCUUGACCUGAAGGGGCUUGACCUUGAAAUGGCCCAGCGCAAUUCUCAAGCAAGCGUUCCUUUCAUGCUCUCGAACCUAGGAUACGGCAUGCUUUGGAACAACCCAGCCGUCGGCAGAGCUGUCCUGGGCAAGAACACCAUGAGCUUCGAGGCCUAUUCCACGAGGGUGCUUGAUUAUUGGGUUGUGUCUUGUGACACUCCCGCUCAGAUCAUCGAAACUUAUGCGGACAUCACCGGCAAGGUGCCAAUGAUGCCAGAAUACGGACUAGGCUUCUGGCAGUGCAAGUUGAGAUAUCAAACUCAAGAAGAACUUCUGAAUGUUGCACGAGAGUACCGAAGACGCAAUUUGCCGCUCGAUGUCAUUGUGGUGGACUUCUUUCACUGGCCAAAACAAGGAGAAUGGAAGUUCGACCCCACUUACUGGAAAGACCCCGACGACAUGAUCAAGGAGCUUCAGUCGAUGAAUAUUGAGCUCCUCAUUUCCAUCUGGCCUACAGUCGACAAGCGGUCCGAAAAUUACGACCACAUGCUGGAAAACGGACUUCUGAUACGACAGGACCGGGGACUGCGGAUCUCAAUGGACUUUCAAGGGGAGACCGUCCACGCUGAUUUCACGAAUCCGGCGACGAGAGACUUUGUUUGGAAGACAGUCAAGAAGAAUUAUUAUGAUAAGGGGGUGAAACUUUUCUGGCUUGACGAGGCAGAGCCAGAGUACAGUGCCUAUGACUUUGAUAUUUAUCGGUACUAUAGUGGAAGCGUAUUGAGUACAGGGAAUGCGUAUCCGGUGGAAUAUGCAAAGACUUUCUAUGAAGGAAUGGUGAAAGAUGGCAAGCAGCAGGAUGUAUGUAAUCUCAUCCGUUGUGCUUGGGCCGGAAGUCAGAAGUUUGGGACAUUGUUGUGGAGUGGUGAUAUUGCGAGCAGCUGGGAGAGCUUUCGAGACCAGUUUGCGGCGGGCUUGAAUGUUGGAAUUGCGGGUAUCCCGUGGUGGACUACGGACAUUGGCGAGUGCGGCUUCCAUGGAGGAAAUCCUAAACACCCUGAAUUCCGUGAGCUCUGCGCUAGAUGGUUCCAAUACGGCUGCUUCUGCCCCGUCUUUCGCCUUCACGGUGAUCGGGAACCAAAGCAGCCUCAACACGGCACUACCGGCGGCGCUACCUGCCUCUCUGGCGCCCCCAAUGAAAUAUGGUGCUACGGGGAAGAGUGCUACCAGAUCAUGAAAAAAUAUCUUUUCCUGCGCGAGAGACUUCGUCCAUAUAUCCGCGACCUCAUGGCACAAGCACACAACAAGGGGAUGCCGGUGAUUAGGACAUUGUUUCUCGAGUUUCCUGACGAUAAAGAGUGUUGGGAAGUGGAGGACCAAUACAUGUUUGGACACAAGUAUCUUGUGGCGCCAGUUAUGUAUAAAGGGAUGACAAGGAGAGAAGUGUAUCUGCCCAGAGGCACCAAGUGGAAGAGAUUUGAUGAUGGAGAGGUUCAGGAUGUGCAGGUCCUUGAGGGAGGAAAGAAGGUGGAAGUGGAUUGCCCGCUAGCCGUGAUGCCUGUUUUUGAGAGGGUUUGA